CCCUCUCUCUCUCUCUCUCUCUCUUCUCUCUCUACACACACAGCGCGCAGCGCUCUCUCUCUCUAGACAUCUUUCUCUCUGCGAAGGCACCGUGGAGCGGCGGGAUGCCGGCGGCUUGGUGGAAGGGCAGGGGCCGGUGCAAGUCUUCCAGCAAGGCCGGCGCCGCGGCGGCCGGAGAAAUUAAGGAGGCGGCGGGGAAGGGGAAGAAGAAGGCGAGCAGCUUCGACGAGGCGCUGCUCGCCACGGGGGCCCGCGGGAAGCAGCAGCAGCCGGCGGCGGCGGUCGUCGGGCUCCCGCUCCCGCGGCCGGCGUCCUUGCCGUCGCCGCUGCCGUCCGCGCCGGCCUCGGGCUCCGCCUCGGCGUCCAGCGGCGGCGGCGGCGGGUCCUCGCUGGGGUCCUCGGCGGCGUCCGACGAGCAGCUGGAUCUCGGGGUUUACAGGUUGUCAGAAACAAGUUGCACUCUUCCCGGCAGAACAGUAGCAAUCGAAUCUCGGAAACAAAGUCAUGUCGUAGCAGAAGGGCGUAUUUUCACAGAUAAUCAGGCUUUGGAGCAUCCCCGAUUUUCUGAAACCUCAGUUUCACCAAGGAAAGAAAUUCACCUUCAAAAUUUGGAUCUUGCAAAUGAUCGAACUACGUAUUGUCGUGGUCGGAAAUCAACAGAAAUUGUGUUCAGUACACAAGUGCCAAGCUCUCCUCCUAGCUCAAGAGCACAUCACUAUUCAACCUCCCCAGUGCCACCAAGAACGUUUGGGCAAUGCCAAGCAUCUCCUACUGCAUGGCAGGAUGACUCGCGAAGCUCAAGCUCACCACAACCCCUUCCCCUUCCUCCAGGCUCCCCAUGCUUGCCUUCCCGUUCUCUACAGUGGAAGAAGGGGAAGUUGCUAGGUAGUGGAACCUUUGGGCAAGUAUAUCUGGGAUUCAACAGUGAAGGCGGACAAAUGUGCGCAAUUAAAGAGGUUAAGGUCAUUUCUGAUGAUUCUAACUCAAGAGAGUGUCUCAGGCAGCUAAAUCAGGAAAUUGUGCUGCUGAGUCAGCUGUCACAUCCAAACAUUGUGCAGUACUAUGGCAGUGAUCUGGUAAUUACUGAACUAACCAUGAUCUUCUGUGAUUACAUAAUAACCACAAUGCUCAUGAGCAGUACAGUUAAUGUGUUGAGAUUAAGCAUUGUGACAACAGGCAUAUUCGUAUUAAUAUGUGUACUUCAUACCACAAUGCAGUCUAAUGAGACACUCUCGGUCUAUCUCGAGUAUGUUUCUGGGGGCUCUAUCCAUAAGUUACUUCAAGAAUAUGGUCCAUUCGGGGAGACAGUUCUUCGGAGUUACACAGCACAAAUCCUUUCUGGCCUUGCAUACUUGCAUGGGCGGAAUACAGUGCACAGGGAUAUCAAAGGGGCAAACAUACUCGUCGAUCCUAAUGGUGAUAUCAAACUUGCCGACUUCGGUAUGGCCAAGCAUAUAUCUGCGUACACAUCCAUCAGAUCCUUCAAAGGGAGCCCUUACUGGAUGGCACCAGAGGUCAUUAUGAAUAGUAAUGGCUACAGCCUUUCAGUUGAUAUUUGGAGCCUUGGCUGCACCAUUCUUGAGAUGGCAACAGCAAAACCUCCUUGGAGUCAGUACGAAGGGGUGGCUGCAAUAUUUAAGAUUGGGAACAGCAAAGACAUACCUGAUAUCCCAGAUCAUCUUUCUUCCGAGGCGAAAAGCUUUCUGAAACUCUGUUUGCAGCGUGAUCCUGCUGCCCGCCCUACAGCUGCUCAGCUAAUGGAUCAUCCCUUUGUCAAGGACCAUGCUACAUUUCGGAGUUCCAGAUCUGGCAUCACAAUGGAUGUGUUUCCUACUUCAACCGAGGGAAAAAACACCGUGGCACAGACAAGCAUUGCAAUUUCAUCAUACAGAAGUUUAUCUCCUCUAAGAGAUCCUGAUACCGUGAUAAGGAGAAACUUGCCAGGCCCAACAUCCCCCAUUCCUUCAACAUCAAAUCGCAGGAUUGCAGCUAUAAACCCGUCCAAUGUGAGGAUGAAUAUGUCCCUGCCUGUUUCUCCUUGCUCUAGCCCGCUACGGCAGUACAGGCAGUCCAACCGAAGUUGCUUGCCAUCGCCUCCUCACCCAGCCUAUUCAGCUGGAGCAGCCAACUACAGUCCUAUCAACAAUGCGCUCUAUCUAAUGCGACCAAGCAGCGGUCACACGGACCCAUGGCUAGAAAUCUCUCAGUUGAAAACACAAACUUUUGAUUCCCCAAGAAGAUUGUAGAGGUUCCAAAAGGAAGUAAUACUUUGUAUACAGGAAGGAAAGAAGUGUUCCAUAGAUUAUCUUUGUUAGAAAAACCAAGGAACUCCUUUUUUUUCGCCCUUUCUGUAUGUAUCUUUCACACAUGAUGCAGUCGCAUCGCCUUUGUACAAAUUCAGAGAAGAGCUCUAGUGAAAAAGAAUAGCAAUUCAGAUGGCACCUGUA